AUGGUUAAGUCAAUUCUUGCAUCCGUUCUCUUUGCAGCGACCGCGCUGGCCGCGAGCCGCAUGACGGCUCCUUCCGGUGCGAUUGUCGUUGCCAAGUCCGGAGGUGACUACGACACGAUCAGCGCUGCCGUUGAUGCUUUGAGCACUACUUCGACCGAGACCCAGACCAUCUUCAUUGAGGAGGGAUCCUACGACGAGCAGGUGUACAUUCCUGCUCUCAGUGGAAAGCUGAUUGUCUACGGUCAGACUGAGGACACCACUACCUACACUAGCAACCUGGUCAACAUCACCCAUGCCAUCGCGUUGGCCGAUGUCGACAAUGACGAUGAGACUGCAACCCUUCGUAACUACGCUGAGGGCUCGGCCAUCUACAACCUUAACAUUGCCAACACCUGCGGUCAGGCCUGCCACCAGGCUCUCGCCGUGAGCGCCUAUGCCAGCGAGCAGGGAUACUACGCCUGCCAGUUCACCGGAUACCAGGACACCCUUCUGGCCGAGACCGGCUACCAGGUUUACGCCGGAACCUACAUCGAGGGCGCCGUUGACUUCAUCUUCGGACAGCACGCCCGCGCCUGGUUCCACGAGUGCGACAUCCGCGUCCUCGAGGGCCCCAGCUCCGCCUCCAUCACCGCCAACGGUCGCUCCUCCGAGUCGGACGACUCUUACUACGUAAUCCACAAGUCCACCGUCGCUGCUGCUGAUGGCAACGAUGUUUCCUCCGGCACCUACUACCUCGGCCGCCCCUGGUCCCAGUACGCUCGCGUCUGCUUCCAGAAGACCUCCAUGACCGAUGUGAUCAACCACCUCGGCUGGACUGAGUGGUCGACCUCCACUCCCAACACCGAGAACGUCACCUUCGUUGAAUACGGCAACACCGGCACUGGCGCCAAGGGUCCCCGUGCUAACUUCUCUUCUGAGCUGACUGAGCCCAUCACUAUCUCUUGGCUUCUCGGAUCUGACUGGGAGGACUGGGUUGAUACUAGCUACAUCAACUAAACUUGUGUGAAAGUUGUUAGCUGGUUGGAGAAGGGUCGUAUAUAGUGUUGUGGAUCUGUAUAUAUGUGAUAUGGAGUAUAUAGCUAAUUGUGGUUAGUUAAUCACUGCUCAAUUCAUUUCGAAGCAACUUUGGAUUGGUGG